CAAACAAAUAUGUAUUUUUUUUAAAUCUGAAAACAACAGGCUUCGAAGACGCGCCAUGUAAUUGGCUCUUAAAAAUGGAUGAAUAUGAAGCACAAUUGCUCGUCGUGGAGCAGGCGUUGGAAAAUGCCACCGAUGAGCAUCAGCGCCAGGAACUUCUAGCCUUAAAAGGAAACCUACAGGAGCUUCUAUCACUAACCCGAGAAGGAACUGAGGAUGCAGCAACUGCCGACAAUGCAGACAACUUGGAUGAUGAGCUGGAGCGGCUUAAAAGCGAACUCAACGAUAUGGAGGCGGUGGGAGCCUCCAAAUCCAAUGAAAACGAGGAGCAGCAGUUGGCUGAUCUACGGAACAAGUAUACCUCAAUGGUGGGGGAGAAGUGCUCGGCCCCACACGAACAUAGUUGGGGCGCCUUAAGCUACCACAACGCAAUCAUCUGCGGUGUGGACGAUGAGGUGAUCAUCAACGGUGAAGGCGUCUUGGACGCUCGGUUGAGGGUACUUUUUACCAAUCCCACGCAUCGCGAAAUGUUGCCUUGUUCUUACUACCUCGAGGGAGAGUGCCGAUUUGACGAGACACGGUGUCGGUAUUCCCACGGCGCACUCGUCGCCGGAAGCUCCAUCCGCAAGUACAACCAGCCCGAUUUUCACAAAUUAUCUCGCAGUUGUCCAGUGCUAGCCCAACUCCCAGAUCGAUUGUGGCAUAGAGGCCGGGUUCUAUGCGUAAAUUUUGUGGAGCAGGUGUGCCGGGUGCGUUUGGAUGGGCAGGAGCACAAAGAAAGGGAGCGUGACUUCAAGUUCGAGGAGCUCUUUCCCCUGACCACUGAUCAGGAGGAUGAGCUCACCAGUGAAGACAGCUCUAGUGUGAAUGAUGGGAGCAGCGAUGAAGCAGAAUCGGAUAUGGAUGACUUUGAAGCUGCCAGAAGGGCUCGUAUGGUGGAACUAAGUUUGUUUACUUUCAAGCCGACAGAAAAAUUGGGAGCCUGGGAGGAGUACACCCGAGGCAUAGGCUCAAAGCUUAUGGAGAAGAUGGGCUACAUACACGGAACAGGACUUGGAUCGGAUGGCAGAGGGAUUGUGACACCUGUAAGUGCGCAGAUUCUACCAAAAGGUCGAUCCUUAGAUGCUUGCAUGGAGCUAAGAGAGGCUGCAAACGGUGACAAAGAUUACUUCAGUGUAGAGAGGAAAUUACAACGAGCCCAGCGCCGCCAAAAAAAGGCAAAUGAAAAAGCCUACGUCCGGGAAUCUCAACGGACGGAUGUCUUUAGUUUUCUUAACAGCAGCGUCCUAGGAAGUGAGAACAAACAACAGACAGAACCGGAGUCGAAAAAGCCUAAAGGAAAUGAUUUACAACAGCACUCAACAAAGACGCUUAAUGUAGAGACGGUCCGUAUAGCUGAUGAUAUUCGUAGGAAGCAGCGAGAUAUCGCAAAGGUGCAACAAUCUCUGGAUCGAAACACCGGCGACGUACAGCUUCAAAAACGCCUUCAAGCACAAAUGCACAAUCAAAAGCAGGAACUAGCCACGUUACAGGCUCAGGAACGGACUCUUAGCAAGGAGCAACAGACGCGCAAAAGCAAGAAUAAAAUGUUUGAGUUUUAGAAUAUAUAAGAAAUAUAAGAAAUCUUUACGAAUACGUAUAGAUCUCGUUGAACUUUAA